AUGGCGUUGAAAGAGACUGCGGGGUUGUAUGAGACGCUGAAAGCAGAGUGGAACAAGAAAAACCCAAACCUGAGCGAUGUCCUUGAAAUUGGAGCCCUGUGGAGUAUCCUCAAGAAGGACAUCCCUUCAUUUGAGAGAUACAUGGCCCAGCUAAAAUGUUACUACUUUGAUUACAAGGACGAACUACCUGAAGCUGCCUACAUGCACCAGUUACUUGGACUGAACCUGCUCUUCCUGCUCUCACAGAACCGUGUGUCUGAGUUUCACACAGAACUUGAGAGACUGAGUGCACGAGAUAUUCAGACCAACGUAUACAUCAGACACCCAGUGUCCUUGGAGCAGUACUUAAUGGAGGGAAGCUACAACAAGGUGUUUCUUGCCAAAGGCAACAUCCCUGCUGAGAGCUACACCUUUUUUAUUGAUAUUCUGCUUGACACAAUUCGUGAUGAGAUCGCAGGUUGCAUAGAGAAAGCAUAUGAGCAGAUCCAGUUCAGUGAAGCCACCCGUGUGCUUUUCUUCAGUUCCCCCAAAAAGAUGACAGAGUAUGCCAAGAAGAGGGGAUGGAGUCUGAGCCCAGAUGGCUAUUACUCUUUCACCAGUCAACAGCAGCGGACAGAAGAGGUGACCAUCCCCUCCACAGAGCUGGCACAACAGGUCAUCGAAUAUGCACGACAGCUGGAAAUGAUUGUGUAA